UAGCAACAGCGGGACCGUCAUCGCGCUGGUCGCGCUGUGGGAGUUUGGGAGCUGUGUCUAAUGCGAAAUAAUUUACUCACAUAAAUGAAUAAUUAUUUCAUAAUUCACUUGUGAUUGUCCGAGAGCGUCGCCAUAUCAUCAUGGGCAACACAGACUCAAAGCUGAACUUCAGGAAAGCUGUGAUCCAGCUAACUACGAAGACCCAGCCGAUAGAUGCGAAGGACGAGGCAUUCUGGGACCAGUUCUGGUGCGAGAGCGUCCAGGGCAUCCAGGAUGUCUUCACCCUGAUUCCUGCGGUCGAAGUACGUUCCUUGCGAGAGGAGGCACCUUCUAAUCUGGCCACCCUGUGCUACAAGGCCGUGGAGAAGCUGGUGAAAGCGGCUGACAGUCUCUGCAACACGCAUGCACAGCAACAGAUAGUUCUGAACUGUGUUCGCCUGCUGACUCGAAUCCUGCCAUACAUAUUUGAGGAUCCAGACUGGCGUGGAUUCUUCUGGACAAGCCUUCCUGGCCAGAAUGGUGAAGACCUCAAUGAGGCUGAGGUUGACAGUGUGUCGCUGGCACAGUCACUCAUCACAGCUCUGUGUGAUCUCCUGUUUUGUCCAGAUUUCACUGUGUCUUCAUCCAGGAAAGCUGGACCAGACAAUCCAGAAGACCUGCAAUCAAUUGACAGUUGUGAGUACAUUUGGGAGGCAGGUGUGGGAUUUGCACACUCUCCCCCCCACGUCCCACAACACGACCAGAACCGCACCGAGAUCCUCAAGCUGCUGCUGACUUGUUUCAGCCAGACAAUGUAUCUCGGCUCCACAGAAGCCCACCAGAACCCAAACAAGUGGAUUCAGUUCUUCACUUCGGCUGACAACAGGCACGCUUUACCGUUGUUUACCUCCCUGCUGAACGUUGUCUGUGCAUACGACCCUGUGGGUUAUGGUGUACCCUUCAACCACCUGCUGUUCACGGACUCGCGUGAACCACUCGUGGAGGUGGCCCUUCAGUUGCUCAUUGUGACGCUGGACCAUGACUUCCGGAAUCAGGCUGUCUCAAAUACUGUCUGCAACGACGACUCGAACUCUGUGAUGGAGAACCUGUUCAUCAACUACGUGUCCCGUGUCCAUCGUGAGGAGGACUUUGGAUUUGUGCUAAGGGGCUUCACGAGGCUCUUAAACAAUCCACUGGUGCAGACGUACCUUCCAAACUCUGCAAAGAAAGUCCAAUUUCAUCAGGAGCUUCUGGUGUUCUUCUGGAAGAUGUGCGACUAUAACAAGAAAUUCCUGUUCUAUGUGCUGAAAAGUUCAGAGGUGCUCGACAUCCUCGUGCCCACCCUCUACCACCUGAACGAUGCAAGGGCGGACCAGUCUCGUGUUGGCCUGGUGCACAUAGGCGUGUUCAUCCUCCUCUUGUUGAGCGGAGAACGCAACUUUGGGGUGCGACUCAACAAGCCAUACACGGCCAGUGUACCAAUGGAUGUGCCGGUGUUUACGGGAACCCACGCGGAUCUGCUUAUUGUUGUCUUCCACAAAAUCAUUACAACAGGCCAUCAACGAUUGCAACCUCUGUUUGACUGCCUGUUGACUAUCAUUGUAAAUGUGUCACCAUACCUAAAAACGCUCUCCAUGGUUGCUAGCACGAAACUACUGCAUUUGUUAGAGGCAUUCAGUACACCGUGGUUCCUGUACAGUAAUUCCACAAACCACCACUUGGUCUUUUUCCUUCUAGAAAUAUUUAACAAUAUUAUCCAGUACCAGUUUGAUGGCAACUCAAACCUAGUCUACACAGUUAUCAGGAAACGCAACGUCUUCCACUCGCUUGCCAAUCUCCCGACGGACCACUCAACGAUACAGCGAUCGCUCUCGCGCCGGGGGAAGUCUUCUCAGGGCAACAUCCCGACGGCUCCCAGCAGCACUGCGAGCAGCCCUACCACUCCUACAAGUCCAAUAGGGCAAGGAGACAUAAGCGCAGCCAACGAGGGGUCGGAAAACGGUGUGCCCGCCGCUCUCGUUCCUGUCGAUGGGCCCAAGAUAGCAGACGGGAACAUACUCAAUGCCACACUAGCUGCCACCCCACGCAUCGAGAAGAUGACGGAGAAGGAACACGCGCACCCUCCACCACAGAACUUGGGAUCGCCGUCUUCUCCAGAAGGACAAGGUGACCCUCAAGGGGCAACUGCUUCUGCACCCAUGAGCCCGUCCUCGUCGUCAGGUUCGGAGGGUUGCAGUCGAACGUCUCGCCUGGGUUCCAAGCGUGGGUCUACCCCAAGACGUGAGUGGGCUCCGACAGCUGAGUGGGUUCAAAGCUGGAAGCAGAAGUUGCCUUUGCAGACCAUCAUGCGUCUGCUCCAGGUCCUCGUGCCACAGGUGGAAAAAAUCUGCAUUGACAAGGGUCUGACGGAUGAGAGCGAGAUCCUGAAAUUCCUCCAGCAUGGAACGCUGGUUGGAUUGCUGCCUGUUCCACAUCCAAUCCUCAUCCGAAAGUACCAGGCCAAUGCAGGCACCACUAUGUGGUUCAGGACCUACAUGUGGGGUGUCAUAUAUCUAAGGAAUGUAGACCCUCCUAUCUGGUACGACACCGAAGUCCGACUCUUUGAAAUCCAACGGCUCUAGUCCUCGCUCCCACCUUUGAGAGUACCAAGAAUAUCUUUUUUUUUUUGUUUUAAGUCCCCUACCUGUGCUGGUAUACACAUGUAUAGCUUUAUUUGUCAUGUUGUUCACCUUUACACCGAUGGCAGCAGUUUCCGCGUGUUACAUACUAUAUUUUGCUGUCAAAGAGUUUUUCACAACUGUGGCUGACACUGUAUGCCAUACUCUAGAAUGUGAGCCUUCUUCACUAAGCAGACUCGCAUUUUUCAUUUUUUAACCCUUUUGUGACUGUAUCAGAAGCAAGUGAUGUAAGAGAACUGCAGAGAGGCAAACUUGUAUGCACACUCUUAAAACUAAGCUUUAUGAACCUACGGUUGGAGCAGUCCAGUUCUUUCAUGUGCUCUGCAGUUGCAUGCUGUGUUGGAAUGAUUUUUCUCACUACACAUUAUAUUUUCUGCAUGAUUUUCCUGUUUUCAGCGUUGUAGUCACUUUGCCUUGCCGUGACACACUUUACGUGACUGAAUAUGCCAUUGCGCUGCCCUCUGCUGGAAAAUUUUGUCAAAUUAGAGACAGUGACCAAACAUUCUAAUGCGCUACCACUCACACGCGCUGCAAAGUAUGACCCCAAAAUCCACAACCCAAAUGUAUUUGAACACACUCAUGGAGAAACUUCACAACUGUGGCACGUGGCUUUGCGAGGAGAUUUUGCAAGUGCGACGCAAGGAACAUGAAAAAAAAAAAAAAAAGCA